UGAUCCAACCGCUUGUACAUUCAAUCAAAACCAAUUCCAACACCAAAAAUAAAUCGUUUUGCAUUAGCCCGUACGCAACUGAAGGAACUUUCAAAAUACGUAAUUUGCUGUAUUUGUGCUAAAUCUCUACCCAGGGGCUGUGUACACGAAGCUAGCCUACAGACCGGCCGUGCGAUUGGUUCUGAUCGUUGGUAGUACGACUCGACAGUGCGAUAAGCAAGACCAGAGCAAGCACAACGUUCUGCACAAACAUGGCCACACUAGCUUCGUUGUCGAAAUUUUGUACAUAUCUCGCAAAGCCCACGAUUCAAACGUGCUUCCGAGUUCCUAAGCGUAACCUGAAUCUGUUGGAGUACCAAAGCAAGAAGCUGUUGGAAGAGAGCGGAGUGGCGAUACAAAACUUUCGCAUACUGGAAGGCAAAAAGGAUGCUGAUGUGUUGAAAGAUUUCAAUGUGAACGAGUACGUUGUGAAAGCACAAAUCUUGGCAGGCGGCCGUGGCAAAGGUCACUUCGAUAAUGGUUUCAAAGGUGGCGUACACAUCACGAAGGACCGCUCGGAAGUUAUCCCGUUGGUGGAGAAAAUGGUUGGCCACAAGCUCAUAACGAAACAAACGCCUAAAGACGGUAUCCUGGUGAAAAAGGUGAUGGUGGCUGACAGCAUCAACAUUGUGCGAGAAACGUACCUUUCGAUCGUGAUGGAUCGGGAACAUAAUGGCCCGGUGCUGAUCGCUUCUCCGGACGGUGGUAUGGACAUUGAGGCAGUUGCGGAAGACACGCCCGAACGCAUCAAAACAAUGCCGAUCAGCAUAACCAAUGGAAUCUCGCGACAGCAGGCUGUCGAUGUUGCCCGGUUUCUUGACUUUAAGGGUGCGCUCAUCGAGAAAGCGGCGGACGAAAUCAUGAAGCUAUACGGUCUGUUCACUAAGGUGGACGCGGUACAAAUUGAAAUUAACCCACUCGCAGAAACGGACGACGGACGGGUUAUUUCGGUUGACGCAAAACUCAACUUCGACGAUAACGCCCAGUUCCGACAGAAAGACAUUUUCGCAAUGGAAGUACACGAAGACACCGAUCCGAAGGAGAUCGAGGCGUCCAAGUACAACCUCAACUAUAUCGCGAUGGAAGGCAACAUCGGUUGCCUCGUCAAUGGGGCCGGGCUUGCGAUGGCCACCAUGGACAUAAUCAAGCUGAACGGUGGUACGCCGGCCAACUUCCUGGACGUCGGAGGAAACGUAAAGGAGGACCAGGUUCUGAAGGCAUUCCAAAUUCUUACCUCGGAUGCGAACGUGAAAGCGAUUUUGGUGAACGUGUUCGGUGGCAUCGUUAACUGUGCUACGAUCGCUAACGGUAUCGUGAACGCCACGAAAACAAUGAAUCUACAGGUGCCACUGAUUGUUCGGCUGGAGGGCACGAACGUGAAGGCGGCAAAAAAGAUUUUGGAACAGUCCGGACUGAAGAUUGAGUCUGCUUACGAUCUUGACGAGGCAGCAAAGAAAGCGGUUCAAUCCAUUUGAACGAUCUGACUAUAGAUCGGAUGAGAUAGGGGAAAAUAUAAACCAACCAGUCUUCCGAAUAGACCUUUUCGUUUAACACAAGAAAGGCGUCGUCGGAAAUGUUCUGUUUAAAGAGCAAUGUGUGUUGAAUGGGGUGGUGCUUGCGAAACAAACAUGUGUGUUGCACUUUUUUUAGUGGAAAUAAAUUCUUUUUACAAAAAAAAGCAUAGGUA